CAUAAUUGUUUCUAAGUACAGUGCUAAGUAUGGCUGUGUAUAAAUACGCGAACCCUCACCUCCGAAUUACACCAGAAACAUUUAUUCCUUCUAUCGUCGAAUAAUUAAUCAUGAGUUCUGCAUCCUCCGGUGCUCUGGCCUCUUGGUCCACCGGCCUCUGCGACUGCUUCUCUGAUAUUCCUAACUGUUGCUUAACAUUGUUUUGCCCCUGCAUUACUUUUGGACGAAUUGCAGAGAUUGUCGAUAAUGGAAAUACCUCUUGCUGUAGAGCUUGUCUUGUGCAUGCACUGAUUGGAUAUGGGACUGGGCUCGGAUGCCUGAUUUCAUGUCUGUAUCGGUCGAAGAUGAGAAAGCAAUACAAUUUGAAAAAGAGUCCUUGUGAAGAUUGUUGUGUUCAUCUGUUUUGCGGGCAUUGUGCAUUGUGUCAAGAACAUCGUGAGCUUCAUAACAGAGGAUACGAUGUGGCUCAGGGAUGGAAAGGAAACAUGGAAAAACAGACCAAUACCAUGGCACCAAAGCCUCAAGGAGGAAUGAGCCGAUAAAGCUAAUAAACACGGACACCUUCUUGUUUCGAUGGCUCGGCUCGAACCGGAUCAGUUUGGAUCACAAAUAAAUGGGUCGAUUGUUCUGAAAAUAGAGAUUAUUAUAUGCCUGUACCUUAUUGUAUCAGUGUGUGUGGGAUUUAAUAAUUGCGAGUACUGUUAUUAUUUAGUGUGUUUGUAAUUGUUCCAUGGAACAGUGAUGCCUAUAGUAUUUGAUCGUUAUAUUAACACAUCUUGUGGUUCAGAUGCUGGAAAAUUAUUAGAUGAUUCCGCAGUACGUGAUGAGAUAUAUCAUAUAUAUAUCCAAAAUGUUUUAUAUAUA